CCAUCAUAUAAGAGCAAUACAGCACUCGAAUAUGUGUAAUGCGUUUGUGCCGUGCAAUGAAGGAGCUCAGUUCACAUUGAAGCGCAUCGUUUUUUCUGUCUAUCGUGUGUUUAAGGUUUUUUAUUUCAGUUUUGUGUACGCGAGCCAAGCCAAAUAUAAUACCGAAAUGCGACGACAUAAAAAAGUGAUCAGCAAGCUGGUCAAAAAUCGGCUGUUGUUACCAACACUGUCUAAAAAUGCUAAAAGUAGACUCAGCACUGAAGAAAUGAAUGCCAUUGAAACUCCAAUCUCCAAAAAGCAACGUAGUCCUCUGCAGUCCAAACAACUCAACCAAAUAUCCGGAGGUCACAAGCAGACACAAGCAGCAAAACUAUUUGCACAAAUUCAUGAGAGCAAACGUACGAGUUGUACAAACGACGUUUUUGAAACGGAGGAGCAGCUCAACUCAAUUACUUCAGGAAGCGGUUAUAGUUCUUUCGCAGGAUCCUUUAUUGAAUCCAAAGACAUUGGAUCCAUAUCAUCGAUCGAGCUGUUGAACAAGGUGGAGAUGAUUGAAAACAAACUUGACGACAUGGCAAAACAACAAGAAAAGUGUUUACUCUUGCUCGCGCAAGCAAAUGCAAAACUUGAUUCUCUAUCAACGAUAGCAGAUGGAAAACGAACUAUACAGGAACAUGACCAAUUGCAAGCGUUGGUACUGACCCCAGUAAAAUGCUUAGCUGAUUUAGAGAACUACGAGGAGCAAUGCAAGAACGAAGUAUUUAUUAAAAAUGUUAUUCGUUCGACGGAACAAAUUCACGGCAAAAACCGUUUCAAUAAUAAAGGAAUUACUGUAUGUCUGCAAAUAAUCGAUCAUUUCGUUGAUCAAAAAUUCCUCCGUCGUUGUUCUUGGACUGGUAUUAGUAAAUCGUUUGACGAUAACCAGAAUUUAUUGCCGAAAAUUGCGUUUUCUAAAUAUGAAAGAUACAUAAACCUUUUUUAUGAGGUUGUUCGUAAUGCAGAUGAGGAUUUUACUAAGGAUGAGUGCAAUAGGUUCUUCAAACAAUGCCUAAGAAAUUCGAAGCAGCGGUUGGAAGACAAGAAUCAGAGACAACCGGCAGCCAGAAAAUAGCGUAGAACGCUUCCCGACGCUUCACUUUUCCCUAUGGAAAACUUAGAGGAAAUAAAAGGCAAUAAUGAAGCAGAUACACAACCAUGCGAUCAGAACGUAGAUAUAAAAUACUUAGAGGAGAUUGGAGACAAUACUGGAGGAGGUUCA